AUGAUGAGAAGUGAUAAUACGAAGAUUGAUGAUAAAGACAUUGAUCCAACAAAAGUGCUCCUGUCUUUUUAUACGUGCAAUGAUACAAAUUUGACAUCAACCGACUGUCUCAUACAAGAUUUAAAUUGUAUAGAGCAAGCAUAUAACUUGACAAGUGAAGAUAAACGUAAAACUACUGUUUUCAUUCACGGAUAUCACUCUAUUAAUGAACCUAUGCUGAACGUUAUAUCAGCAUUUUGCUCGCAAAAUACCUCUACUUUUGCAUUGCUUGAUUGGACUCGAUUACAACCUGAAGGCGACUUUAAUAUCUCGACUGCUUUUUUGACACCUAAAAUCGGAAAAAUCGCCGCAAAUACUUUCAAUAAGUUAAAGAGUAAGGGAUAUAAUGUAGAAACACGGCACCUCAUCGGAUUUUCCAUGGGUGCGCACAUUGCGGGUUGUAUUGCAAAAUAUACUAAUUUGUCUUGGUUACAUAUCACAGGUUUAGAUCCCGCGGGUGUCAUCUUUUAUACUGACAUGUACAAUGAUUGUCAAAUAAAUCCCGAUGUCGCAAAUUUGACCGAUAUUUUUUACACGGAUGGCAAUGGGUACGGCACUAUUAAGGAAGUAGGUACUCUAAAUAUUUAUGCCAACGCUGGAGUGGCACCGCAGCCUGGCUGUUGUUCGUCAUCAGAUAUACCAUGGUGUAAGUCACUUUAAAGCAAUGGAAUGGUAUUCCGAUGCUGUAAGAAAUGAAACGAGAUACCCGAUCACCAAAUGCCCGAAUUGUUUUAUGAAUCUGCGUUUCAACGAGUAUUGCCAGAACACUGAUAGCAUUUAUCUAGGACCGCAUAUAGAUAAGAAAGCAACCGGCACUUAUUGUCUAGCAGUCAAUUAGAGAACGUUUCUCUUUGAGAUGAAAACAAUAUAGUUUCAUAAAUAAUUAACAGAUAAAAUUAACAGAUAACUAAUUGAGAAGUUCAUAUAUAUCACGGAAAAAAAAAAUUUUCGUUAUCAUAGCUAAUCA